UUCAAGAUAAGGACGCACCCGAGUUUUCCUUGCAGGAACCUUUCUAUAUGAAUCAAUUGCGAUUAGAUUUACCCAUUAACGUCUUACGUCCCGGAAGAAUUUGGGGUUCUUAUCGACACUUUGCGUUAUCACUACCAGAACCGAGGCCUGUGCAAUGCGGUUACGUCGUUCAAGGGAUUCGAGGUGAUUUGAGUACAUUUCGUUGCGUCGAAGGACGUGCAUCUCCGGAAAUCAAGCCUGAAAAUCUUAUACGUAUAGUUUAUGCAGCACUGAAUUUUAAAGAUGCGAUGAUAGCUACUGGGAAACUUGCUCUGAAUCCCUCUGCAUCGAUUGAACGAAAUGUUGAUUCAUUAAUAGGUCUCGAAUUUGUCGGUUUUGAUGAGAAUAGACGGCGAAUAAUGGGAAUAUGCCCAAACAGGUGUUAUACUAUCACUUAA